ACUUGUGUAAUGAACAACAUACGCCGCGUAAGUAGUCUUGUCACCCUAUCACGCGACAUGCAGCUUGAGGUGUGGAAACUUCCAUGUAUAUAUGUGCAUACAUACCUAGGUAUGUUGGUGAAUAAAGGUACUAACACCGACAGUUGGUGAUUGAGCAAUCAAAACAUAACAAGCAUAAUAUCACAUAGUGACAAAACACGCGAGUGCUAUAUGUCAAGCAUCGUUGGAAUGCAAGCAGGUAUGCGACUGCACACUCAAAUAAUCAAUACAGUAGUUAGGACGGCAUACAGGAUCGAAUCAGUGGCCUCUGCAUUCAAACCGCAUCCAACACUGUAA